AUGUAAAAAAAAGUUAUCAAAAAGUCUUCUACAGUCAAAUAAUUUGAUGCAGCCUCUCCAGCAACUAAAUUAUUAGAAAAGAGAAGAAAGAUGUAUGAGAUACAUGAAGCAUAUGAACAUCAAUAAGACGAAUAUAAAAAGUAUAUAUAUUACUUGAAACUUUCUAAGACAGGAAGAGGAAUUCAAGAAAUAAGAGGAAUAAAUAAGAGAGAAAGACAAAUAGAUAUAAGAAGAAUUGAUAAAGUUUUGUAAUUUCUUAUAGGAAAAUGAGGCAAAGAAAAAGAGAGCAUUAGUUAGGUUUUAAGAAGAGAAAUCAUAUAAAGAAUAAAAAGAGAAGGAAAUAUAAGAUUUAACCGCAUAAUGGACUGAUUUAUAAAGACAUCAAUAGAGAUUGGAAAAGAAAGGUAAACUAGUUUAAUUCUUAUAUCUUAAGUUACAUCUUUAAAGAAGUAUGAAGAUUAUUUGGAUAGUAUCAUAAAGUAAUAUCCAGAAUAAUAUCAUGAUUUAUAAUCAAUUUUGGAUAGAUAUGCAACAUUAACAAAUUCUAAUUCAAAGUUAGUUGAAGAACAUUAGAAUAUGGAGAAGGAAUUUGAGAAACUUAAAUNUUAAGACUGA